GCAAAUACUUUAUUAUUAAGAAGGACGUGAUCAAUUGAACAAAUAUAAUCGAGCAAAUUAUAAAUGAAAUAAUCGUUCAUAUUAAUGAAAUAUAAAUUGAUGAAGUUGCAAUGUCCACCAUCGAUUGAUUUCAUAAUCUUGUACUGGAAACCGAACGGUCUCAAGAUAAUAACGUUGAAGAAAGAGCGAUAGAUACCGUCCUUCAAGAUUUUAAUGAUCAGAAAACCGAGGUUUGGAUUGGUUACGCGUUUACUCUUCUCUCGACGAUAUUUCUAUUAUAUAUUCUCAAGAGAUACUCGCCCUUUAACUACCAGAACAAUCGGACGAAGUAUCGAAACAAGCCUAUCGAUCGAUGGUCGCCAACACGGUGGGAGGUGAUGUUUUUAAUCCUCGGAAAUCAUUCCCCAAGGCGAUCCCAAAAAAUUUGUCCAUGAGGGUAAUAUUUGCACAACCAAACGACUGUUCCAUUUUAUGAUCUGGCGACUAAUGACAUCAUCAAAUAGAUUUGGAUUUGAAUCGUGCACAUACAUAUAUUUCUUGUGAAUAAACCGAAAUUUAACAUUUAUUUCUACAAGAUUUUAUAUGCAAUUGUAAACAUUAACAUCACAAACUUAUAAUGGUGGUAAAUGUAUUUAAUAUGAACGCAUCUGUAGUACAAAGAUUUGAUUCAAGACUUCGAGCAUCUUUUUCUUAGUUACAACAAUAUGCUUUUCCCGAUUGCGUAGCCGAGAAUGCCUUUCGAAUGCCAUCGUCUCAUCUUCUGGACCCUCUUACUUAUCGCUUUGGAGGCACGUGUUUAGGUAUACUGACUGCGAUAUUGCGCUAGAAAUUCACAUUCUCCUUACAUUCGGUCUAGCUAAUCAUACCGACGUCCUCGACGGUUCUCUUAAUCGGCAAGCUAUGAUUUGCAUUGAUCGUAGUCAGAAAGAGUACAUCAUUGUAAAUAAGAAAAAAAGGCUCGAAGUCUUAAUUCAAACAUUUAUACAAUAACUCCGUUCAUGUUAAAUAUAUUUACUACUAUUAUAACAUUGUAUUUACACAAUUUAUUGCAGCAGUUUAUUUUAUAAGUAUUUAUUAUUCUUAAAGAAUGCGAAAAGGCGAAAUCGAAGGAGAAAUUGAUACGAUUUGUUACGAUAGAAACUGGAGACAUGGAAACGAAGAUGACGUUAAAUAAGAACGGAAUAGAUCCGAGGAGUACGUCAUAUAAUAUUAUCCGUUCGAAGACAAAUUCAUGCUCAGAAUGUAUAGCAUUUCAUAAAGGAGGAAGAGGAAUUUGUCUCGAGGAAGUGGUGAAUAUUCUCUUGAAUGUAAAUCCCACUUACCAGUUUGCUCUUAUAGCGGAAGCUGUGAUCAUAAAAUAGCUCACGCUGGCGAACUGUAACUUUGGACCAAUGGAAUUUGAAUUUGCAUUCACUCUUGAUUAAAACGAAAGAUUUAAUCAAAGCAUCAGUGGUACUCAACUCAUAAGUUCUAAUAUAUUCUAACAACUUUUGUGAAAUCACUGUGAUAAGGAUAUUUAGCAGAACACGCUUAAUUACAUCCAUUUUUUACAUCGUUUUCUGUUUGUUAUAAAGAUUAUAAACCGUUGAUUUGUGCGGUUUCAUUAACUAUGAUUCUCCGUAAGAUGAAAUCUGAAAUUUCGUAAUUUCGAAAUAGCGCGAUUUAACUCCGUAAUCUUCGAAGGGAUUAAAACACGAAUAUUAACGUUGUCCGUUAUUUCAAAGUUCUUUUUAUAGUAGAUAUGAAUUAGCAAGUAACAUUAAUGUUUUACUAAAGGAUUACGUGUCUAACACGGCAGUGCUUGAACGAAGAUUAAGCACCCCGAAGUAGAAACGGUGGGUCGAGAACCCUUUCCGGCGAAUCGUCGGAUUAACAAGAACUUUUGACAUAAGUUUCAGUCUCACGUUUAGAUAAUUUCCCAUUCGCUUUUCCACUGAUCCUGUUUGACGUAUUUCUCACGAUUCCAAUAUUUCUGCUGCUUUCACUAUUUCUGGUAUUCCCAUCAGUUAAAGCGAAUAGUGAAAAAACAUUGAAAUUUUUUUUAUAAAGUAUUCGCUCUUCGCAUGAAUAAAAGGGCGAACAAAUAAAAUACCAGGAAAAAAGUUGAAAGAGAUAUGGCAUAAUAAAAAGAUAUAAUCCCUGCUUCAAUAAAACAAAAAUCACUUUGCUUUGUCCACGCAUGGAUUUAGGUAUGUACAUGGAUAAAACCAUAAAUAAAGUACGAUGAAAAAAAGUAACGUUAAUCAAAGCAACACACAGCACACAAGCAUCGAUAUUUUCCUACUAUAUUUCGGUUUGUUCAUCGGCAUCGCGUGUUACAUUGCUACACAGCCCGAGGGCCAGAGAACCAUAAAUCCUACGAUUUUCGACUAGUAUCGACGCCAACAAUUAGCUAAUCCAUCGUAUUACCCCUUUUUCUGUCCUCUACUAUUACGUGUAACACGAUUCCAUUAAGAGAACCAGUAUUUAUGCACUUGAGUAAAUAAAUCACGAUACCGCAGAUAAAACGUAUCGUAUGCAAUUCGAAUUUACGAACUCCAAAGCCACGGACGUUACUGUAAUACCUGAAACCUAUAAAUCCACACGUGCAGAAAUAUUUUCCUCAGAAAUGAUUAAAUUCAUUCUGUCGGGAUAAACUGUUAGGACGAGCUCUAGAUUCUAGAUCCAAAGAGAUCUUAAGCGAUUUGAAGUAACGAAAGAUCAUUAAAAGAGCAUUAUGCAAAGUGUUCACGAUUUCGAGUCGCGAUGGUAUCAAUGUCACAUGUCGGAACGAUACUUUUAAAUAGCAUGCUUAACGUGCAAUGUGCGGGUAAGAAGAAGUAACGAUCGGCUGGCAAUUAAGAGAUAACGCGAUCGCGCGGCACGCAACAUGCAAAUUCAAUUUGCGUCGCGGCGGAGACGUUUCGGUGAUCGGAAGUCGGACGCGACGAUUACUUCUUGUGUUGAUGUCGAAUCUUGUACGAAAAAAAAGGGUCGAAAGAAGAGACCUAGCCACAGUGAUACGGGAAAUUGAUUAGGGCCGUCCCCGCGGCAACCGGUGGACAAACACGAACGAAACGGAAAGGGAACCGGCACUGGGUUUCGAGACCAACCCUCAGUUACUUGAUUUCCGCACGCGAUAUCCCAGUCUCGAGACGCAACACGUACCCGAAGAUCGAAACCAGCUCAACUGUCAAUCAAGUAUUUAUCGUUGAAAAGUUAGUCACGAUUUUCUCCUGGAGUAUCCUCAUUGUUUCGAGGCAAGGCAUCUGUGAAAACAUGAUUUAAAUCUUUGUGAAUAAUGAAAUAAUGAAUAAUGCAUCUCCGAAAUUUCAAUGUUAAUGAAAUAUAAGGCAGCUCUGAGAAGCACGAGAUAUUACAAAUUUCUUUGGAAAUUGAUAAUAAAAAAUCGUCAUUCGUUGGAAUUUUUACGGUAUGAGGUUCAAAAAACUUCUAAUUGUCUUAUGCGUACUUGUGGGACUCUACGAGAAAUCUAUGGUGCACGGUCAAAAGGAUUUCACUAGUGAUCGAGAAUCCACAGCAACUAGGCCUGUUAAUCUCUUCAUAAUCAACGACGCAGAGAACAAAGUGGCGAAUAGCAGCAUAAUAGCCGCCUUGAGAACGAUCAGGGAAAAAUACCCUCACCAUUUGGACAGGGUGUGGACCGUAGAGAUAAACGAAUCCGACAUAAAUGACACUCUGGAUCAUAUCUGCAAUUCGUGGAACUCAGCGGUCGCUAAAGGUAGCAGCAAAAUACCGGAUCUGGUGAUAGAUACAACUACAGCCGGAUUGGGUGCCAAGAUAUCGAACUCGUUCACAGCCGCUUUAGGAAUUCCCACGUUAUCCGCGCAAUAUGGUCAAGAAGGGGAUCUCCGCUAUUGGAGAAACUUAAACACGGAUCAACAAGGUUAUUUGAUUCAAGUGAUGCCUCCAUCGGACUUGAUACCGGAAGCAGUUAGGCAAAUAGCCAUCCAAUUAAAUGUCACGAAUGCGGCGGUCUUAUACGAUCACAAUUUCGUCAUGGAUCACAAGUAUAAGAGUCUGUUGCUGAACGUACCGACCAGGCACGUGAUCAAUGAGGCCUCGCAGCAAGUUAAUGAAAUGAAGAGACAGUUGCCCCGUUUACGAGACCUGGAUAUCGUAAACUACUUCAUCCUCGGCGAUGAGAGUACACUUAGCAUAGCUUUGGAAGCAGCCGAGGCUUUAAACUUCACCGGGGCGAAGUAUGGUUGGUUUUUACUCACACCAGAAGCCAACAUCUGGCCGAGAUGCGAGUGCAGAAAUAUGAGCGUAUUUUUUAUGAAACCGGAACUCGGUCAGAGAAAGCCGAGCGUAGACAUUACCCUGCCAAAACCGAUUAUAUCGUCGGCUUUUUACUACGAUCUGGUACAGUUAGGCGUGCUGGCGAUGAAAUCGGCUUUGGACACCGAGGAAUGGCCAAGGAAACCGAGACAAAUCACCUGCGACGAAUAUAACAACACGAACACUCCCGUGAGGAGGCUAGAUUUUUUUAGUAAGUUAAAGGCGACUUACGAGAAUAUGACACCGACGUAUGCUGAGAUUCAGUGGGGAUCGAAAAACGGAGAACACCAGGCCAAAUUCGAGAUGUCCAUUUAUUUGGUGAACAUAGAGGAAGGGGUUAUCGCAGACAAAAUCGAGAGCGGGUCCUGGAACGCAAGCGUCUCCUCACCUUUGCAGCAUUCUAGCAUUGAGAACAGUAAUAUAAUGAACUCAACGGCGGUGAAGAGUUACCGGGUGGUCACCGUAAUUCAUCCUCCUUUCGUCAUGUACAACGAGGACAAGAACGAGUACUACGGCUACUGCAUCGAUCUACUGAACGAGAUCAAGGACACGGUUGGGUUCCAGUAUGAGAUACGGGAAAACGUGGACUACGGAAACCUGAAUCGGAACGGAAGCUGGGACGGAAUGAUAAAGGAACUGAUCGAGAAACGUGCCGACAUUGCGGUGGGUUCACUCUGGGUCACAGCCGAAAGGGAAAGGGUCGUAGACUUCACAGUGCCUUACUACGAUUUGGUUGGCCUGUCGAUCAUGAUGCUGAAAACCAAGACCACUACGUCGCUAUUCAAAUUUCUCACCGUGCUGGAGAGCGAGGUCUGGUUCUGUAUUCUAGCCGCUUACCUCUUCACCAGCGUUCUCCUUUGGGUUUUCGAUCGCUGGUCGCCGUAUAGCUAUCAAAACAAUCGGGAGAAAUAUAAGAACGACGAUGAGAAAAGGGAAUUCAAUCUUCGGGAGUGUUUCUGGUUUUGUAUGACCUCUUUGACGCCGCAGGGUGGCGGGGAGGCUCCGAAAAAUCUUUCUGGAAGACUCGUUGCGGCUACUUGGUGGCUCUUCGGAUUUAUAAUCAUCGCUUCGUAUACUGCGAAUCUAGCGGCGUUUUUAACGGUCUCGCGAUUGGAGAUUCCGAUCGAGACGCUGGAGGAUCUUAGCAAACAGUACAAGAUUCAAUAUGCUCCGAAGCUUAACUCUGCGGCCCAUAUUUAUUUCAAGAGGAUGGCUGCUAUAGAGUGGAAGUUUUACGACAUCUGGAAGGAGAUGAGUCUUAACGAUAGUUUGUCAGACGUAGAGCGGGCCGAUUUGGCAGUCUGGGACUAUCCCGUAAGCGACAAGUACACUAAAAUGUUGCAAGCUAUGGACGAAGCUGGGUUUCCGGCUACGGUGGACGAAGCAUUGCGACGUGUUCGUCGUCUCGACUCCAACAACGAAUUCGCUUACAUAGGAGACUCGACUACGAUCAAAUAUCUCGCUAUGACUAACUGCGACUUGGUUCAAGUAGGCGAGGACUUUUCACGGAAGCCAUACGCGAUCGCUGUUCAACAGGGAUCGCCAUUAAAGGAUCAGUUCAACAAUGCAAUUUUAAUAUUGCUGAAUAAGAGGAAAUUGGAAAAAUUAAAGGAGAAAUGGUGGAAGGAGAAUCCGGAGAGGAAAGAUUGCGAUUCGGAGUAUAAUCAAAGCGACGGUAUAAGUAUUCAUAAUAUCGGUGGUGUGUUUGUAGUAAUAUUUUUGGGCAUCAUUUUCGCUUGUGUUACUUUGGCCUUCGAGUAUUGGUACUAUCGACACCGCUCAAAGGUCUCAAAGAUCAAUCGAAAUAAUUCGACAAAAGGUAAUCUCAUGAAAUUAAAACCACUCAGAUUCAAUUUGCAGCCGGCACCUACGCACGGCUUUCAGAGUACCCAUUUCAGAUCGCGGUUCUGAAUACGUUGUUGAUAACGUGAGAAAAGAAAGAAAAAAGGAGCCAUA